UCUUCUUUAGGAGCAUGAAUUGAAUACAUACACGCGAAUACAUUUGUAUGACAUAUAAUAUAUAACAUAAUUUAUGGAGUUAGAUGUAAUAAAGAUUAGGUUAGUCUAGUGAACGUGUUCUACGGUGCUAGUCGUACAAUGUUACUCGUCAGAGGCGGCAAAGUCGAGCUAUUUUCAUAGUAAUGCGAAAUAUUACAUAUAGGAAAAGUGUCGUUUAUUUGAAACAAAAGAAUGACGAUAAUUUUAUUUUAUGGGUGAUUGUCAUUUGUCCUUUUUGAAAAGCGCCACAUUAUUUAAGACAAAGAAACCCGCGAAAUAUCAAUGUGAAUGUGUUUUUAUGAGAAUAGCCAACGAAUAUCAUCGAAAUUAACGUAAUAUCAAAUACGACAUUUUUUUUUCAUCCUUCGUUUGCAUACAUGUUCUGCGAGGAAGGAUAUUGAAGAAUACGAGUACAACGUUAGAAGAGAGAAAGGAUAUCGAUAUAAAUCAUUUGGAUUAUUAAUUAUAUCGUACGAUCUUUCUUUAUUGAUAUCUUUUUACAUUUACAAAUGAGACAAUUGAUAUUGAAUAAUCAAUUAAUAUAUUACAAAGGAAUAACUUGUGUGUUGUGAUGUGUAUCGAUGAAUUGUUCGAUUCAUACUGAUACAAAGUGAUAAUCUCAAAAGAAUUAAUCGGAUCUAAUCGAUCGUUAAAUACUCGAUCGUUAAAAAAAAACAUUUAAGUGUGGUCCUCAAGAUAAGUGUCAAUUGUAGUUUCAAUAAUCCGAUAAAAGAGUAUUUAUCAGUGUAUGUUGAUCGAUGAGUGAUAUAUUUUCAGAGGAUUUUUUUUCCCUUUUAAGGAUUAUAAGCAAUUCAAAUAUAAUAUUUUAUUGAAAAUAACGAAGAAUUUUUUUAUACCAUAUAUCCGAGGUAAAGUACAAUGGAUUCGAGUAAAACAAAAUCCAAGCCAAAUCCAAGAGAAAAGGCAAAUAUUAUUUCCGUGUUAUUUUGGUGGUGGUCUUUGAGUUUAUUUAAAACUGGUUACAAGAAAAUAUUAGAAGCCGAAGAUUUAUACGAUCCUUUAAAAGAAGAUCGUUCUACCGUCCUUGGAAAUAGAUUAGAAAAACGAUGGAACAUCGAAUUGGAAAAUGCGAAGAAACAAAAACGCAGUCCGUUCUUUUUGAGAGCGAUAUUUCGUACUUUUUUAAUGGAAUACUUCCUUUUAGGAUUAUUGCAGAUACUUAAUGAAUUUAUAAUAAGAUUAGGAACACCAUUGUUAUUAGGUGGUCUUUUAAGAUAUUUCAAAAAGGGUAGCGAGGAAACAUAUGAGACCGCACUUUUAUAUGCCAGUGGUAUUUGUAUAGCAACGGCGAUUAACGUAAUUACGAUUAAUCAAACAAUAUUUGGUGCAUUUCACAUUGGUGCAAAAGUCAGAAUUGCUGCUUGCUCUGUAGUCUACAGAAAAGCAUUACGACUUAGUCAAACGGCAUUAGGAGAUACUGCACCAGGAAAAGUAGUCAAUUUAGUGGCCAACGAUGUUAAUAGAUUCGAUCUUGUUUCCAUCUUUAUACAUCACAUGUGGUCAGCACCACUUACUGCUUUAAUCAUUGCCUAUUUUCUUUAUACCGAAGCUGGAUAUUCUGGUCUUUUUGGGAUAGCAGCAGUUUUUGUGGUCGUACCAAUUCAAUCUUAUACCGGUAAACUUUCUUCAAAGUUUAGACUGCAGACGGCCAUAAAGACGGAUGAAAGGGUACGGCUGAUGGAUGAGAUUAUUUCUGGCGUGCAAGUAAUAAAAAUGUACGCCUGGGAGAAACCCUUUUGCGCGUUAGUCGAAUUGGCUAGAAAAUUGGAGUUACGAGUAGUCAGUAAAAGUUCAUCCAUUCGUGGUAUCUAUAUGACAUUUAAUUUAUUUACAACGAGAAUGGCACUUUAUUGUACCCUAAUCUCAAUGAUUAUGCUUCGUAAUGAAUUGACCGCCGAAAAAGUGUUCGUUUUUUCUUCGUACUUCAAUAUACUUGCUCAAACAAUGUCUGGUAUGUUUGUACGCGGUUUUGCCGAAAUUGCGGAAUGUCUUGUGGUUGUAAGACGAUUACAACAUUUCUUGAUGUACGACGAGUUUCGUAGUAAUAAUAUUACGAUAAGUAAUAAAUUAUCGAGAAGUCCAAACGGUAGCAUUACAUCUAUAUCGAGACAAACGUCUAUCAGAGCGUCAAGGCAAGAUUUACCUUAUAUGGACGAUGAAGUUAUUGAUGAGAAUUAUUGUCAAGAUAACGAAAAGAACAUACAAAAUGGAUUGAUAAUAGUAGCUAACGAUUUGUUGAAAAAUACGGCCAGUCUAGUUAAUGAUAGAAGUGAUUCAACUUUAUCCGAAGAUUCGUAUGCGAUCAAGAUGACAAACGUAAUAGCAAAUUGGGAAGGCGGUCAAUCUGAAACAAUAUUAGAAGGUAUAAAUCUAAUGUUAGAGAAAGGCAAAUUAUAUGCAGUUAUUGGAAUGGUAGGAGCUGGUAAAAGUUCAUUCCUUUCGGCGAUACUCGGUGAGAUGAAUAUUAUAGAUGGUUGUGUGAAAUGUAACGGUAAUGUGAGUUAUGCUAGUCAAGAAGCAUGGGUGUUUGGUGCUACCGUUAGACAAAAUAUUCUAUUUGGGCAACCGUACGAACGUCAACGUUAUCAGCGUAUAGUCAAAGCUUGCGCUCUUCUUAGAGAUUUCAAGCAAUUCCCACAGGGCGAUUUAACGAUCGUUGGUGACAGAGGGAGUUCUUUAUCUGGUGGUCAAAAAGCUAGAAUCAACUUAGCAAGGGCAUUAUACAAACAAGCGGAUAUUUAUCUUUUAGAUGAUCCUUUGAGCGCGGUAGAUGCGCACGUCAGUAAGCAUCUUUUCGAGGAAUGCAUUCAACGAUAUUUGGCGCAUAAGACACGAAUCUUGGCAACGCAUCAAUUGCAAUAUAUAAAAGAAGUCGACGCUAUAAUACUUUUGGAAAAGGGAAAAUUUAAAUUGUAUCAGAAUUAUCAAGACCUUUUGAUCGAUUAUCCAGAAUAUAGAAGUUUAUUGGCAACAGAUAACGAUACGAGCGAGGAUUCUUCUUUCGAAAGGAACUCAAUACGAAGACAAUUUUCUUCAUUGAGUAAUAGGAGUCGUACGCCAGAAGCUAGUAGUGGUGGUACAGAUGACGAAGAGGAAAACGAAGAUGUUGAAAAAUUUAAUGACGGUUUAGAAGGAACAUCACGUGGUAUAGUAAAAGGACCAAUUUUUAUUCGAUAUUUUCAAGUCGGCGCCAAUCUUUGUCUUGCCUUAUUAGUCCUCUUUUUAAUAAUUCUCACGCAAUUCAUUGCCAGUCUUAAUGAUUAUUUUAUUCCAAUCUUAGUUAACGCCGAGGAGACAUUACAUUAUCAGCAAACACAAGCGAAUGUUACUAUGGAAGAUGAAAUACCAACGCAUAUAAGCAAUACUUAUGUAUACAUUUAUACUGCAAUCGUAAUUGGAAUAUUCAUCAUUGGUAUCACGAGAUCAUUAAUUUUUUAUAAAAUGUGUAUGCUAUGCAGUCAACGUUUACACGACAUGACUUUUAGCGCAUUGAUCAGAACUAAUAUGAGAUUUUUUGAUACCAAUCCAAGUGGAAGAAUUUUAAAUAGAUUUUCGAAAGAUAUUGGUGCAAUCGAUGAAUUAUUGCCUAAGGCAUUAUUAGAUGCUGGCCAAUUAUGUAUGCUGAUGUUCGGAUCAUUGACCGUAUCUUGUAUAGUCAAUCCAAUGUUUUUAAUUCCUGUAAUAUUUUUGGGAACGACAUUUUAUUGGAUUCGUAAAGUUUAUUUAAAAACAAGUAAAAAUAUUAAACGUUUAGAAGGCAUCACACGAUCACCAGUGUUCACCCAUUUAAAUGCUACGUUAAAUGGUCUACCUACUAUUAGAGCAUAUGGCGCUCAAGAUAUAUUAAAAAUGGAGUUUGAUAGAUUUCAAGAUGCGCAUACGUCUACGGUUUACAUGUAUAUUGUAACUAGUACAGCAUUUGGAUUUUCUUUGGAUGUAUUUUGUUUCAUAUUUACAUCACUUGUAACCUUCAGCUUUCUUUUAUUAAGUACAACAUUUUCUGGUGGUGAGGUUGGCUUGGCUAUUACCCAAGUGAUGGCCAUGACUGGUAUGAUACAAUGGGGAAUGCGACAAAGUGCCGAGGUCGCUAAUCAAAUGAUGUCAGUUGAACGUGUCCUUGAAUAUACGCAAUUACCACCGGAAGAUAAUUUACGUAACAAAGGAAAAUUUUUCAAAAAGUCGGAUAAACAAAAUUUAGAAUCCUUACCACAAAAUGCACCAAAGAAUUGGCCUAGCGAGGGUUGUAUUAGAUUUAGGGAUAUAUAUAUGAGAUACACCGAUGAGGAUCCGCCAGUUUUGAAAAAUUUAAAUUUAUUGAUUUUACCACGUGAAAAGGUCGGUAUUGUGGGAAGAACUGGGGCUGGAAAAUCAUCAUUGAUAUCGGCAUUAUUCAGAUUGGCGAAGAUCGAAGGGAUAAUAGAAAUUGAUAAUGUCGAUACCGGAUCAAUUUGUUUGGAAGAUUUGCGACGUAAUAUAUCUAUUAUUCCUCAGGAUCCAGUUUUAUUCUCAGGAACAUUAAGACGGAAUCUUGAUCCAUUUAAUGAGUACUCGGAUCAAAUAGUUUGGGAAGCUUUGGAAGAAGUCGAAUUAAAAGAUGCCGUUGCCACUGCUGGAAAUGGUUUAGAAUCUCGUGUACUUGAUAGAGGUAGUAAUUUCAGUGUUGGUCAAAGACAACUUAUAUGCUUGGCAAGAGCAAUUUUACGAAAUAAUCGUAUAUUAAUGCUCGAUGAGGCAACGGCUAAUGUAGAUCCCCAAACGGAUGCUUUGAUACAGCGCACGAUAAGAAAGAAAUUUGCUUCUUGUACAGUAUUGACGGUUGCUCAUCGAUUAAACACUAUAAUGGACAGUGAUAAAGUAUUGGUUAUGGAUAAGGGUAGAAUGGCGAUAUUACGGCUGAGUAAAACAGCUCUGAUGCAAACGACUAAUGGUGGACAAAUUCUUAAUAUUCUUAGCAAUGAUAUGAAUCGUUUUGAUACCGUACUCAUUUAUCUGCAUUAUUUAUGGAUUGGACCGAUUCAGCUCGUAGUAGUAACCUACAUAAUGUGGACAAUGAUCGGAUCUUCAACAUUUUUUGGCAUUGCAUGUCUCUUAUUGGUAUCUUUUCCCAGUCAAGGAUAUUUUCCUGUAAUAAGUAAAAAAUUGAGAGCAAGUCUAGCAACUCUAACGGAUACAAGGAUACAACUUAUAAACGAAUUUAUAACAGGCAUACAGAUGAUCAAAAUGUACGGAUGGGAAAAACCGUUUAGUAAAUUUGUAAUAAAAACACGUAUAGCGGAGAUGAAAAAAAUUAGGAUUAGCUCGUUUAUUAAAGUAUUAGCUCUGUCUAUGUUAAUAUUUACCGAAAGAAUGACAUUAUAUUUUUCUAUGAUAUCUUACGCUCUUACAAACAAGACAUUAAAUCCAGAAUAUACAUAUGUUUGGACAACCUUCUUCAAUAUUUUACAAUUAACGAUUGUCAUGUUUUUUCUACAAGCUCUAAUAUCCUGGAACGAGACCACAAUAACUGUUAAUAGAAUCGAGGAAUUUUUAUUGUUGGACGAAGUGAUAUCGAACGAUCAAACGUCAUUGAUGUCAUCAAUGUCAUCAAAAUAUGAGAAAAAAGGAGAUAAAAAUGAUAUUGAAUAUUGUAGGAUCAUUUUGAAGAAGGAAGAGCCGGUAAUAAACGUCGAGCCGAAAAAACAACCAUCGAUUGAAUUGAUAAAAGUAUCAUCAAAUUGGGUGUCCAGCAAAUUACCACCUACUCUAUGUAAUAUCAGUAUGAAAGUGAAUCCGGGCCAGUUAUGUAUUUUAUUGGGUCAAGUUGGAUCAGGAAAGACAGCUCUUUUAAAUACACUUUUGAAGGAACUUCCCUUGGGUGCUGGUACCAUCAAGAUAUUACAAAACUUACCUACAAAAAUGGACUCUCAUGCGAACUUGACAAAUUAUUUCACUGAUAAUAAAAACAUUAGAAUUUCUUAUGCCUCCCAAGAACCAUGGCUUUUUGUUGGUACUAUCAAAGAAAAUAUUCUCUUUGGUGAAUUGUACGAUAAUAAAAGAUAUACGGACGUAACGCGAGUAUGUGCCUUAAAUAAAGAUUUCCAGCAAUUACCUCAAGGUGAUAUGACUACUGUCGGGGAAAGAGGGAUAAUGUUAUCUGGUGGGCAAAAAGCUCGAGUCAGUUUGGCAAGAGCCAUUUAUAAACAAGCAGAUAUUUAUUUAUUGGACGAUCCAUUGAGCGCCGUAGAUACAAAAGUUGCCAAGCAUAUAUUUACAAAAUGUAUCGUACAAUAUCUUCGUGAUAAGACGAGGAUAUUAGCUACGCAUCAAUUGCAGUUUAUCAAAUCUGCGGACGUUAUAGUGGCACUGGAUCAUGGUACCGUCAAAAUGAAAGGAAAUUAUAAUGAAUUAAUGAAAAAUAAUGAUGAAUUUUUGAAAAUGGUCACUCGUAUCAAAAUGGACAGGGAAAAUAACGAAAUUAAGGAGGAUACAAAUGAAAAUCUUUUUGGAUAUAACAGAGAUAGUAUAAGAAGUAGAGCAUCUAUUAGAUCACACAACAGUUCGGUCGUGGAAUCUGUACAUGGUGAUUAUGAAAGUGCGGAUACCAACGAACAAGAAGAAUUAUUUUUAACAGACAAUAUUCCUUGGAAAUUAUAUAUCAAAUAUUUUCGAUAUGGAGGCUCAUGGUUAACGUUAAUUAUUUUUGUAAUAAUAUCCAUAGUAACGCAAAUAAUUACAAAUGCUACCGAUUAUUGGGUAUCUUAUUGGACCAAUUUAGAAGUCAUAAGAAGUUCUAAAAAUAAAACUUUAAUCAUGAAUAAACAAGAGGAAUAUCGAAAUACGAUACAGAAUACAAUUUUAUCGAACUUUCUAUCCUUAGAUAAUUUAGGAUUGUUAACAACAACGUCUGCUAUAUACAUUUAUACAAUUUUGCUUGUUAUUUGUAUAAUUACGGUACUUGUGCGCAGCAUCUUUUUUAUGCAACUUUGCGUAAUCGCCUCUCGUAGAAUUCAUAAUGAUUCGUUUAACAAUCUUUUGCAAGCUAACAUGCGCUUUUUCCAUACGAAUCCUUCCGGAAGAAUACUGAAUAGAUUUUCAAAAGAUAUGGGAGCCAUAGAUGAAUUAUUACCAAAGCCAAUGAUAGAAGUAAUACAAAUUUUUCUAGUUACAUUUGGUAUUAUUAUUAUGGAAAUAAUUGUGAAUUAUUGGACAGUUAUACCAUUCAUUAUGUUAGGUAUCUUUACUUAUUUCAUAAAAAUAAUAUACGUUAAAACUGUGCAAAGUAUUAAACGAUAUGAGGGGAUAUGUAAGAGUCCGAUAUUUUGUCACGUCGGUACAACAUUAAAUGGUCUAUCGACGAUAAGAAGUAGUGGUAAGGCGACCCAAGAUUUGUUGCAAAAAAAGUUUGAUUAUUUACAAGAUAAACAUACAGGCACUUGGUAUCUCUUAUUAGCAGCAUCCGCACUUCUUGGUUUAGUCUUCGAUAUAUUGAUAUCCUUUGUCAUAGCCUUUAUAUGUUUUUAUUUUGUUCUCGUACCUACAGAUAAUACAUUAAGUGGAGAUGUAGGUUUAGCUAUAUCGCAAGCCCUUAUUAUUAUUAGUAUGUUACAAUAUGGUAUAAAACAAACUGUCGAAGUAAUUAUUCAAAUGACAUCGGUCGAAAGAAUAUUCCAAUAUAUGGAUCUCCCUAAAGAGAAAUCUUUGAUAACAGCGAACCCAUUGCCGCCAACAUGGCCAUCGCAAGGUAGAUUAAUAUUAAAGAAUGUUUCUAUGAAAUAUAGUCCGAAUGAACCAUCUGUUUUAAAGAAUCUAACAGUUACGAUAGAAGCAGGAUGGAAAGUCGGUAUUGUUGGAAGAACAGGAGCUGGAAAAUCUUCGUUAAUAAGUGCACUCUUUCGUCUAUUUUCUGAAGGUUUAGAAGGAGAGAUAAUAAUUGAUGAAAAGGAUACAAGUACAAUAGACUUGCAAGAAUUACGUUCUCGAAUAUCUAUCAUUCCACAAGAACCAAUUCUCUUUGCUGCAAGUUUGCGAUAUAAUUUGGAUCCAUUUAAUCAAUAUGACGACAUACAUCUUUGGGAUGUUCUUCGAGAGGUCGAAUUCACUGAUAUGGGCUUGAACGAUCAAAUUUUAGCUAAUGGUAACAAUUUGAGCAUUGGUCAAAAACAAUUAAUAUGCUUGGCUAGAAGUAUGCUGAGGAAAAAUCGUAUUAUAGUUCUCGAUGAGGCAACUGCUAAUAUAGAUUCGCAAACCGAUGAAUUGAUACAACGUACUUUAAGAACUAAAUUUGUUGAUUAUACUGUUCUAUGUGUGGCUCAUCGUUUGAAUACUAUUAUUGAUAGCAAUCGUAUUAUAGUGAUGGACGGUGGAGAAAUUGCGGAAUUUGAUCAUCCCUACGAGUUAUUACGUAAUAAACCUAAUGGUUUGUUUGCUCAAAUGGUGAAGAAUACAGGACGUAUUAUGUCUAAGAAUCUUUUGCAGCAAGCAGAGAUGGCUUAUCGGCGAGAUACAAAGGAGCACAAUCUUGAUGAUAUUUCCACUGAAACUGAAUUAAUAUUAAAUACAAAUCAAGAAUAUAUAUCAUUAUAAAUAAAGAAAAAAAAAUUAUAUAUAUAUAUAUAUAUAUAUAUAUAUAUAUUCCAUCUAAAA